AUGCAAUCUCAGCUAAAAAGCAAAGAAAUUCUGAUAGAACUCAAGGCACUAAUCGCACAAAACAGUGCUAAUCGGGCUGUUCCUGAGAUAGGUAUUAAGGUUGCGGCUGUCAUAGAAAAUCCAGAUCAAGACUGUUUAGUAUUGGCUUCCUUACUCAAGAACUUGAUUGAAAAUCGAGGCACGCCCGUUAAGCGUUGGAAUGACGACACCAAAUCCCUUUUUGCCACAAUUCUAGAUUAUGGAGGUCCAGCGUUGGCCAAAAUCGUUACAGAUAAAAUUGGUGGUCCCAGUCUAAACACAAUGUACCGUACAGCAAGGUGUAACUAUGCUAUACCGAUUAAGUUAGAGGAAAACGCCAUGAAACAUGCCGCAUCUUUUACAAGAAAAUUGGAUAUAAUGGCGUUUUCCAGCUGGCGCGAUAGACGCAACUGCGAUCAUUCCUACCCCUGCGAGUUAAAGGCAACAAGCUAA